AUGUACCGGGACUCCUAUUUUCAAGGUCACCAUAUGCACGAAAUGCACCACGCACUCUACUUGGACUGGAAUCAUGACAUCUUCAUGUCUCCAGACCAUACUGCUACAAAUGGUUUGCGUACUGAGAACGCAUCUUUACCGAUCAACCCGUUCUGGGAUUAUUUUCACGAUGACGACGAUUGGGACCGAUUCCACCCACUGCAAGUGGAUUGUAACGGUCAAUUGACCGCCAUGCCACCACUGGUUGAAAGUCCCAUGGCGUUGGGAUCGAUUUUCGCCCCGAGAAGGACAGAGCUAGGGGUAUGGCGCGAUGCCGGUUUAGACGAAUUCAAACAAACGUAA